AUGGUGGCAGUGGAAGAUGAUUACCUUACUGCCCGUUUGGGUAAGAUGUACAUGGUGCCGAGCAAGGAGGUUGUGACCACUUCUGAAGCUGCUGACAAGCACCUGCGUGCCUUUGAGCAGGGCUGUGAGGAGUGGAUGUCGUACCACGCUCAGCCACACACUGAGGAAGACUUGGAGGGUUUCGAGCAGUUUGUUUUGGCGCUGCUGUCGGGCCCCGAGUUCAAGUCAGAGAAGGAAUACGAGACCCGCAUUCAGGCCGUUCGGAGGCAGUUCAAGACCACGCUGUCAAAGCCUCAAAUUGUCCGAGCGUAUUACAGACUGCGAGAUGCAGGGCGCAUUGAGCGGAGUGCAUCCUUUGAGCGCGUCACUACCAAGAAGGCGGUUCGCUCGAAUUCUGGCGUAGUUGUCAUUACAAUCGUGACGGCACCAGGAAGAUUCUCCUGCCCCAACGAUUGUUAUUACUGUCCGGAUGAGCCUGGCCAGCCGCGGUCGUAUCUGAGCACGGAGCCUGCGGUUGCAAGGGCCAAUCAAAACGAGUUCGAUCCCGUACGGCAGUUCUAUGACAGGGCCGGCACCCUGGCAAAGCAGGGUCACACUGUGGACAAGGUAGAAAUCAUCGUGCUUGGAGGCACCUGGUCUCAUUAUCCACGAGACUACCAAGAGGAGUUCUGUCGGGACCUCUUCUAUGCCGCCAACACUUUCGACGAGCAGUUGAGCAAGCUCGGUGAGAAGGGUGAGAACGCAGCCAGGAUCCGAGAGAGGCGUCCACUGCUUGACGAGCAGCGCCUGAAUGAAAAGGCGGUCACAAAAAUCAUCGGGCUGACUUUGGAGACCCGCCCGGAUCACAUCACCCCGGCGGAAGUGCGUAGGCUUCGCCGCUACGGAUGCACCCGCGUGCAGAUUGGCGUGCAGCACACAAACGAUGAUAUCCUCGCGUACAUCAAUCGUGGGCACGACCGAGCAGCCGCAGCUCGCAUCAUUAGCGUCCAAGCACAGUGUCGAAUGGCAUAUUAUGGGGCGGAGGCAGCCUUCAAGCAUUUCGUGGCCGUUCAGACGUCCAAACAUAGCCAACAGCCAGAUCUACCAGGUUCUGACACCGAAAAGGAUUGGGUCAUGUUCCAGGACGUGCUACACGGGGAGGACCUGCAGGCAGACCAUUGGAAGAUCUAUCCUUGCGAAGUGACGCCGUUCACCAGGAUCGAGACCUGGUACAAGGAAGGCAAGUACAUCCCUUACACUGAAACUGACCCACGAUUGCUCACUGAGCUGCUGGCCAGGGUCAAGGCGGAGGUACACCCCUGGAUCCGCCUCAACCGCGUCAUCCGGGACAUCCCAGAGGUGUCGAUAGUGGCGGGGAACUCUCUCACAAACCUCAGGCAGGCUAUUUUCGCGGUUCUGAAGUCUCGCGGGCAGUGCUGCCGAUGCAUCCGCUGCCGUGAGGUGCGAGACUGGCCUGAAACCACCGACGGACUGCGACUCCGAGUGCGCGAGUAUCGAUCUUCGAGCGGCACAGAGUUCUUUAUCUCCAUUGAGGGCGGGCACCGCGGCUUCGGUGGCGGAGCCACACAGCGUGCUCUAGCUGGCGGCCAGAAGGCCACGAAGAAGGAGCGCAAAGAGAAGAAAUCUGCCCUGCGCGACCCGAGCGCACAGGCCGAGAUGAAGGCAGCCGCCAAGGCCGCGUCUGCAGCUGGUGGGACGCGGGAGGAGCGGAAGAAGGCAGCAGCUGCUGCUUUGGCUGCCUCGGCUGUGCAGAAGACUGCGUCUGUCGUAGUGGAGCAGGAUGCUGACGAGGACAAUGCCACUCUCUAUGGGCUCCUGCGCCUGCGCUUCAAUGACGACUCGCGAGCGCCAAGUCCAGUGUUCCCAGAGCUCGGCGGCUGCGCGCUUAUCCGGGAGCUGCAUGUCUACGGUGCUCUCGUAGCAGCUGGGCGCGAAGAAUCCAACCGCAGCUUGAAUGACGACCGGCCGCAGCACAUCGGAAUCGGCAAAACGCUGAUGGGAACAGCCGAGCUCAUUGCUGCAGCUCAUGGCUUCAAGAAGAUCUCAGUGAUCGCUGGAGUAGGCGUGCGCAACUACUACCGGAAGCUGGGCUACAGCUUGAGAACCUCGGCGCAAGAAGUGUUGGGGGCUUUUGGCCAAUCAUUCACGUGCAUUUCUGGACUUGAAGCUGGUUCGGCAUAA